AUGGCUGGCCGGCGCCGCGCCGCCAGCAGCAGGCUGCCCUGCUGCGCCACCCGCCUCGCCUCGAUGCUCUCCUGCGCCGCCUGCGCGUCGGCGCUGUGGGCCUGGCGCGCGCUGGCGACGUCGCUGUGGAGGCCCCCGCGCGGCCUCGCCGGUGCUCAAGUUCAGUACCUGCACACUCCGUUGGGGCGAAGCGCCAUCAUGUUCGAGCAAGUGCAGAAGAACCUGGAGAAAACGAUCAGCGCUGCCAUCGGCACGAAGGUCCUGAGUGCUGUCGCGACUGGCCUCGCGCCUGUCAACGCCCGCAUGGACGCCCAUGACGAAGCCAUCAAGAGCUUGCAGAGGCAGGUGUUCAUGGGCACUUCGCCACGUCCAGUGCUCGGGGCGGCGACGCAACGCCCUUACGACCAGCUCAAGACGAUCUACGCGGAGCACUCGCAGCAGGGCUCGCAGUGGACCAAAAACCGCGACGGGAAGGUUACCGAGAUUCGCGCGCGAGGUGAUAUCCCGCAAGGGUGCCGUUCUCAGAGAAGAAUCAUCGCAAAUACCUGCCCGCAUAUCGAGGCCAUGUGCACGAAUCUGGCGCACUGGACCGAGAACUGUUACUUCCGCGUUUCCGGCUACAAGGGUGUCAUGUCGCUGGCCGACCAAAACGACAUUCGGUCCAGCAUCCAGCUCGUGUGCAUCAACGGUUUCCAACACCACUUGGAGGCUGAUGGGGUGGAGAUCACGCAAUGA